GUCAAGCUGGGAGCUGCCCGACCUGCGAGAAGGAAGAGUCAAAGCCAUCAGCGAUUCAGAUGGCGUGAGCUACCCCUGGUACGGAAACACCACAGAAACCGUGACCCUGGUCGGGCCCACAAACAAGAUCUCCAGGUUCUCGGUGAGCAUGAAUGACAAUUUCUACCCCAGCGUGACGUGGGCUGUCCCUGUGAGCAACAGUAAUGUGCCGCUGCUGACCAGGAUUAAAAGGGACCAGAGCUUUACCACGUGGCUGGUGGCCAUGAACACCACCACCAAGGAAAAGAUCAUCUUGCAGACUAUAAAGUGGAGGAUGCGAGUGGACAUUGAGGUUGAUCCCAUGCAGCUGCUGGGGCAGCGGGCACGGUUGGUGGGAAGGACUCAGCAGGAGCAGCCCCGGAUCCUCAGCAGGAUGGAGCCCAUCCCGCCAAACGCACUAGUGAAACCCAACGCCAACGAUGCCCAAGUCCUCAUGUGGAGACCCAAGCGAGGCCAGCCUAUAGUCGUGAUACCUCCCAAGUAG